AUGAUGCGCCAGUUCUUCCCCCGCGCCGCCGGCGCUCUCAGAGUCCCCCGCAGCUCUCCCAGAUUAGCCACCGCAUGGCAAUCAGCAAGACUCUACAGCGUCAAGCCCGCCGCCGCCUCUGCGGCCAAGCCUCUGGGCCUCGAUGCCUCAAAACUCACCAUUGAGAAGACAAAGACUCCCGGAACGCUGGGCAACCCCGAGGAGCUUGUCUUCGGCCGCAAGUUCACUGACCACAUGCUCACCAUUGAGUGGAAUCAAGAACAGGGCUGGCUCGAUCCCAAGAUCGUCCCCUACCAGAACCUCUCCCUCGACCCCGCGACCUGCGUCUUCCACUACGCCUUUGAGUGCUUCGAGGGCAUGAAGGCCUACAAGGACAAGUCCGGCCAGGUCAGGCUCUUCCGCCCCGACAAGAACAUGGCCCGCCUCAACAAGUCCGCCGCCCGCAUCGCCCUGCCCACCUUCGAGCCCACCUCCCUCAUCGAGCUCAUCUCCAAAUUCGUCAACCUCGACAAGCACUACAUCCCCGACGAGCGCGGCUACUCCCUCUACCUCCGCCCAACCAUGAUCGGCACCCAAAAGACCCUCGGCGUCGGUCCCCCCGGCUCCGCCCUGCUCUACGUCAUCGCCUCCCCCGUCGGCCCCUACUACCCCACCGGCUUCAAGGCCGUCUCCCUCGAGGCCACCGACUACGCCGUCCGCGCCUGGCCCGGCGGCGUCGGCGACAAGAAGCUCGGCGCCAACUACGCCCCUUGCAUCGUGCCCCAGCUCGAGGCCGCCAGCCGCGGCCACCAGCAAAACCUGUGGCUCUUUGGCGAGGAGGAGUACGUCACCGAGGUCGGCACCAUGAACAUGUUCGCCGCCAUCAAGAACAAGGAGACAGGCCAAAAGGAGCUCGUCACCGCCCCUCUCGACGGCACCAUCCUGGAGGGCGUCACGCGUGAUUCCGUCCUGUCUCUCGCCCGCGAGAGACUCGUGCCCGAGGGCUGGAUGGUCUCGGAGCGUAAGUACACCAUGAAGGAGCUCGACGAGGCGGCCGAGGAAGGCCGCCUCAUUGAGGCCUUUGGUGCCGGUACCGCUGCCAUUGUCAGCCCUAUCCGCACCAUUGCCUGGAAGGGCAAGUCCAUCAACUGCGGUCUCACCGAGGCCGAGGAGUCUGGCGAGAUCACCCUAAGAAUUAAGGGCUGGAUGGAGGCAAGACAGUAUGGCGACGAGGAGCACGAGUGGAGCUACAUUGCUCCGGAUGUUGCUGCAUAA